GGUUUAUAUAUCUGCUGAUGUACUUCUGGGUUAGGGUGUUUUUUUUUCUUCUAUUUCGUAACGUGUUUUAGCAUACCGUAUGUGUGCUAAUACAGGUGUUUAUGUCUUUUUACCUCGGCGGUGUAGCUAAUUGGAGCUUUUUUUUUUAAACUAACCUUAUUCAAACAGUGAGAAAACUGAUCGUACACGUAGCUAGCUAACGUUAACGUUACAUCCAUAAGUUACCUGGAUAACAGAAGCUAACGUUAGCUUGCUGCUCUAUCGACAUAGUUAGGUUUUUGUAUGAACGUUAGAAUGGGUGAGGAAACUAUCGACAACCCCAUUAACACAGGCAGUGGACCCGCUAAUUACACCAAUGUUGAGGGAAACGGCGAAACCGUAGAAUGUGGUGUAAAAUAUUACACAUUAGAAGAAGUAAGAUCGCAUAAUGUGAGCACUGACACAUGGCUCAUCAUCCACGAUAAAGUGUACGACAUUACAGGUUUCCUUGAAGAGCAUCCGGGAGGCGAGGAAGUUUUGCUGGAGCAGGCAGGUGCAGACGCAACAGAGAGUUUUGAGGAUGUGGGUCAUUCCACAGAUGCCAGGGAGAUGCUCCAGCAGUACUGCGUUGGGGAGCUUCACAUGGAUGACAGAAAAAAGGAGAACGCAAAGGAUGAAGAUGCAGAGAACUCAGGGGAGUUCAGCCACUCCUGGACAGCGUGGUUGAUGCCAGCUAUUGUUGCAGUGGUCGUUGCUGUCAUGUAUCGCUACUACUACGUGUUUGAACACAAGUCUUCUUGAGUGCUGGCAACCUGUUUCCAUCUCAUUCUUUUCAUCUGGAUGCCUUGAAAUGUUUGACCAAAACCUCCUCACACUGAAAGCACACAGCAGUGUCUGCGUCCUCUGCAACAAGAAGAGGGGAGCAGUUUGAUAAAGUGCUUUAGUCCUUGUCCCGUCUACAUAGAGUGCACCAAACAGACAGUUGGCCAGAGACUUGAAGUUAUCUGCCUUUAGUUUCUUUGUAUUACAUUGUCACUAUGCACGUUGUCAUUAAUGUUUAACGUUGUCUUUAACUUAAACUUUCAUAUGCAUUUGACCCAUUUUAGUCUGUAUGUUUAUUACCCAUUUUCCUGCUCAGAUAAAGGUAAUGCGAACAGCCUGGUAUACAAACACCAUCAUUACACUGAUAGACAAAAUGGAAACAUUGAAGGAGAUCUUAGGAUGCAGAAUGGUGAUGCCAUCAGGGUAAUAGUUAACCGUGACCAUUCUACUUUUUUUACACUGAAUUAUAACUUCCAAUGCAUUUCUUUAGCAGUUUUUACUGCUAUCUUAAUGUCAAUAAGAAUCAGGAGUUCAUUUCAUUCACUACUUGCUGCACAAUCCUAGUUAAGCAUUUCUUUAUUGCAUUUAUCACUUGUUGUAAUGGUUGUAAAUGCAAAAUCUUUCCAAUUAUGAAAUUGCAGUGUCAAACUAUUCUGUCUGUUCUUUUUGAAAAUAGUGAGUUAUAUUGUAUCAGUGAUUAUUUAAGGUAGAAUGUAUUCUGACUUGUCUCAUUUUUCUACAGUUCUGUUAUCAGGAGCUUGUGUAGAUGGUCAUACUGGCUGAUCUGAUGUGAAUAUAAAUGUAUGUGGUAUGUAGUUAUAAUACAAUAAUGUUUUAUUACCCAGAUACAAUAGCUGACAGUGAAUGACGAGUGAAUACCCUGAAGAAUAUAGUGAAGAAAUAUUUGUUAUUCGACUGUUCCGUUUUAAAAUCUUACUGUUCCCUCUAUGCCAUUUGUCAUGUAACUGGUGCUUUUUCACAAUUUUGUUAUAAUUGUAAUGCAUCUUAAUUUUACUUUUUGGGUGAGUGCAACUGUCAUUUGGCUUGUAUUCAUUGAAGUCUGGUGGGGGUUUCAGGCCACAGUGCAUACAUAUUUAGUAAUCUAUUACCUUGAAUUAUCUAGGUUGCUGUUCAGAUGCUGGCACUGGCAUUUUUUUUACCUAUUACUCUCAAAACAAGCAUUUUCCAACUACAAAGACAACAACUUAAAGUCCAUUUACCACCUGAAUUCACAAAAAAAUUAAAUGUAUGACUAUAACUUGCUAUUUUUACAUAACUACAUUUCUUGCAGAUGUUAAAAUCUAUUUGGUUGACUUUAAAGAUAAGCAUUUACCAUCUUUCUUACAACGGAUGUUUCCUCUCAAUGUCCCUUUCAAUAAAAUGUAUCUUUCAAAAAGUAA